CUUCCUAACUCUACUUCAAUACAACACAACACAACCCAAACUCACUCUUGCUGAUCAGUUGCUCUAAUUCUUUCUGUUUGCAAGUGAAGAGCUUUCUUUCCAUAUCUAUGGCUGAACUGAUUGCUGGAGCCUUUUUCACCGCUUCUUUUGAGCGGUUCUCUAAUAUGGUUCUUUCUGGCGAGGUUCUCAAAUUUGUUAGCGCAAAGAAACUCAAUGAUAGGAUGCUCAAGAAGUUCAAGACCAUGUUGCUGUCUGUUAAGGCAUUGCUGAAUGAUGCUGAGAAGAAGCAAAUAUCCGACCCAGAUGUAAGGCAGUGGCUGGAUGAGCUCAGAGACACCAUGUACGAUGCAGAGGACUUGGCCUAUGAGAUCCAGACUGAACCUUUGCGAUGCAAGAUUGAAGGUGGUCAGUCUGGAAGCCGCAUAUUCCAGGUAUUUAAUUUCACAUCUAGAUUCAAUAUUAAGAAUCUUGAAGAUAGGAUAGUGGAGAUCUUUCACACACUUGAAGGCGUUGUGAACCAAAAAGAUCUCCUUGGUUUGACUCCAUCAGUAGGUGUUCAUCUGAAUAGGUCUUCAUCAUCUUCUCCACAACUACUACCUGUGGAAGAAGAAUCUGAUAUCUACGGCAGAGACGAUGACAAAGCUGCCAUCGUUAAGCUGCUGCUGUCUGAUGAUGAUCAUGAUGAUGUGGUAGGUGGUAAUAAGAUAUCUGUAAUUCCCAUUGUGGGCAUGGGCGGUAUUGGCAAGACCACCCUUGCUCAUCUUGUUUUUAAUGAUGUCAACGUGGUGAAAAAGUUUGACCUCAAGGCUUGGGUUACAGUAUCAGAUGAAUUUGAUGUUUUCACAUUGACAAAAACAAUUUUUGAAACAAUCACUGGGCAAAAGGAUUGCAGUAUCAAGCAUCCACAUCAACUUCAAUGUGAAUUAAAAAAGGCUAUAGAAGGGAAGAAGUUUCUUUACGUUCUAGAUGAUGUUUGGAACGAAAAUUAUAACCUUUGGGAUAAUUUAAGGAGUCAAUUUACAUUUGGAGCAUCAGGGAGUAAAAUCAUUGUCACUACACGCAAUGAAAAAAUAGGAUCUAUGAUGGGUACCGUUCCCAUUUAUUAUAUUGGAAUAAUAUCAAAUGAAGAUAGUUGGCAAUUAUUUGCAAAACACGCAUUCCAAAAAAUAAUAAAUCGAAGUGCACUUCAAGAGUUCGAAGAAAUCGGUAGAAAAAUUGUCAGAAAAUGCAAUGGCCUUCCUUUAGCUAUUAAAUCGCUUGGUGGUCUUUUGUGCUACAAAAAGCAUAUCGAUGAAUGGGAAGAUAUACUAAAUAGUGACACAUGGAAGAUGGAGGAGUGUAACAUUCUUCCCACACUUUGGUUGAGCUACAACUAUUUGCCUCCACAUCUUAAACGGUGUUUUGCUUAUUGUUCAAUUUUUCCUAAAGAUUUUGAAAUUGAAAAGGAAAGAUUAAUUCUGUUAUGGAUGGCAGAAGAUCUUUUACUGCCCCAAGAAAAUAUGACGCUAGAAGAAAUUGGGGAGAACUACUUUAAUGAUCUCGUAUCAAGGUCAUUCAUUCAUUAUACUAAAGGCGUUGUAUUCCCUUAUUACCAUAUGCAUGACCUUGUUAACGAUUUAGCUAGCUUUGUGUCAGGAGAAUUUUGUUUGAGAAUGGGUGAUGGCUCCUUCAAAGGUACUACAGGGAAGAUUCGUCAUUUGUCUUACAUGACAUCUAAGAGCCAUGAUAUCAAGAAGCUAGAAGAAUGUUCAUCCAAAAGUAAGGUGCUGCGCUCUUUAUUGUUUGAUUCUAGAAUAUUGUCCGUACAAUUUUUGGCAAAUCUCGAACAAUGUCUGAAAGGGAUGCGAUGCCUAAGAAUGCUUUCUCUAUGUGAGAAUCAUAUUAUGACAUGCUCUGGUUUGGUUCCUAUUACGAUAAGCCUCGAUUUGAUUGGCAAUUUGAAGCUUUUAAGGUAUUUAAACUAAUCUAAUACUGAUAUUAAAGAAUUACCCGAUACGAUUUGCACUCUAUACAAUUUGCAGACUCUCCUGUUAGAAUAUUGCACACAUCUUUAUCGGUUGUCUAGUUCAAUCGGCAAUUUGAAGCACCUAAGAUACUUGAAGUUGUCAGC